CUGCAACAGUUCACUGUGGCUGCAGGUACAUUAAGCAGAGGAGACUCUCAGCUCUCAGGUGUUGGAACUUUAAACUCAAGUUUACUCUGAAAACUUCAGGAUUGUGUGUGCUGCUUUCAUGGCUCUCCUCACCAAUGUCGCCAUCCUGCUGGUCCUGGCUUGUAUUUCCCAUCAGCUGAUGUUGAGCAGCUGCCAGAAAAGCCAUGGACGGCGGGGAAGAGAAACAGAGCGAGGACAACACAAGGAGAAGCUGAAGGUCAGCCGCCAAACUAAAUCUGUCUCUGCACAGCCCAUCAAGGGAAAACUGGUGACCAAAGACAAGUCUGAGUGCACCUGGGCAGCAACGGGUGAGGAGGUCUUCAUCCUCGGUGUCAGCUGCAAGAAGGGGGGCCGGAGCUUCAGCUGUGAAUAUGUCGCCAAUCCGACCGUCUGUCCAGAGUACGUUUCAAAUGUCAAACUUUACUGGAAGCAGAUCGCCCGGUCGCUCAAGAAGCAGAAGACUCUGUGCAAGGACAGUAGUACAUUGAUCAGGACAGGUUUGUGCAAACGAGCUCCCCGAGAGGCUCAUUUCAGAAUCCAUAACACCCCGGGGAAGACUGACAAGCCAUCAGACCGACAGCCUGAACCCCAAGCUGUGAAAUCCUGUCAGCCCCGUCACAAGAAGCUGGCGGAAGAGCACUGCAACGACUCCUGGUCGAGUUUCUGCACAUUCUUCUUCACUAUGGUACAGGAUAUUGAUUGCUGAGAAAGUGAGGACCUCAAAUAGAUUCAGCUAUGCAAUCACGUUAAGACCUGUCUCUAUUAAACAUUCUUUAUAGAUAAUUGCUGCUUGUAUAGACAUAUUUCUCCACAUGUUGUUAAUGUUGAUUCUACACAUCAAUAAACACUUUUCUAUCUAUUCUCUAA